AUGGCGAAUCCUUUCCUUCAGGUCUUGAGCAUUCUGGAAUGUUUGAUGGAGUGGGAGGACGACGUGUUAUGUUCCGAGCUGGGCCAGCUUUUUGUGGACUUCAAGGAGAACCUCUAUGAGCGGAAGCUCCACGAUGAGUUUCAUGUGCCUGGCAACGAAUUUGUGCGAAAGGGCAACUGGGUGAUGACCCAAGCACUUUCCUUCAUCCUCAAGUCGGACUGCUGCAGCCUUGGCUACUCGAUGGUCAAGCAUGAUGCAUCUGGAGCAUGCUCAGAGGCGUUUUUGUUGUGGCUGCACAACACUGGACGGGAUGAACACUUCCACCACUUCAUUAGAAUCCUCAAUGACCUGGAAAGGCUUAUCGGUGCGGUACACCAGUGGUCGCCGGCUCACUGGAGUUCUUUGUCGCCCCGGCAUACACUGCCACAGACUGUCAGCCAGCUUGUGCCAUGCGUCUAUGCAGCGGACAGAGUCAUUUGA